AUGUUCAUCGGAGGGCGACUACUCCAGUCCCGUGAUCGGAAUGAACUGUUUCUCGCCAGCACGAUCUUUCAGCAGUGCAUGACCUGGCGACCGAGAAGUGCAAAUCAACUUUGGACUCAUAUCGAGCUAAGCUAUCUCAACUACUCUCUACGGCAAGCCAACAAUGUAGUGGUGGCGAGCACGUGGAUGAAGCGUAGCCAAAUGUUAAAAGCUAUGGUUGUGGCGUUCAGACUCACCGAGAGCUUUGGUGGACAUAGAGAUGCUUUGAAUAUCGGAAACAACCAUGCCCUAUACCAACUGAUACAAUCGAUUAGUCAUAGGAAAGUAACGGUCAGUGAGGGGCAAGAUGGCUUAUUGAGCGCGAGACGGCCCAAGUGGUUAGAGCGUGAAUUUACUGACCGGAAGGUCCGUGGUUCGAAUCCGACCUCCGCCACUCGACUUCCCCUGUCUAGGCUUGGCCAACCUGGCAGUAUCCCAGCCCUCGUGCUUCCUUCGGGUGGCAUGGCAGCUAGGCACCGGAAGGGUGCUACAGCUGAACGCUUCCUUUCUUUCUUCUUUCUAGAGCGCGAAUUUACUGACCGGAAGUGGUGUCCUCCGCCUUUCCUCCUCAACCUCUUAAUUGACAUGAUUAUGGAAUGCUCACUCACAGCCUCUAAUGCCUUUGGAAUAGAAAUGCUCCCAGGGCAUUUGCUCAAUUGGAUGGGCCAUGCAGACGACAUACCUCUUCCUGGAUCUGACGCCAUUGUAGUGCAGACAACAUUAAGUAACAUGAAUAAUUCCGCCUCGCGGUUUGGCCUGCGCUUCGCAUCUACAAGAAUG